AAAAAAAGUAAACAAAAAAAAAUACGUUGAAAAAUAUUUCAAAAAAUUCAAAUUCAACGAAAGUUUAAAGAAGAAAAACAACUUAACGAAAGAUUUUUGAUGAAAAUUCAUAACACACAGAAAAAGGUAAUAAAUUAAUUAAACUAAGUACUUUCAUUAGUGAAAAUGUUGAGGAACAGAAUCACAAACUCGAUAUUUGUGCUGAGGAAUCGAAAUUUUUCAGUAUCAUCAAGCUUAAGCACUGAUAAACAGAAUGUACCGAGUUACAGGCAAUUAAGUGAAGUUCAAAAGAGAAAAUUAGAUGAAGACAAGGAAAAACUGAUUUGGAGAAAUAAGCCAUUGGACCAGCCAUAUGCAUUUAAGAGUAAAUUCAAUGUUUUUGGAGGUGAUGAGCUUGAACCAAGCUCAUUAUCGAUGUUGGUUCAACCAAUUGAUGCAAGUCCAAGAGGAAUCAAAAAAUGGUGGAAGGACUAUAAAGUAAGAAAGGAGAGGUUCUCUCAACAAUUUAUUCCAGAAAGACACGAAAUAUUGGGAAGUGAUUUAGCUGCUGCUCAUUUUUUGCUGUUUAGAAAGGGUAAAGUCAAGUUUAUAGGUCAAGACUGGCUGGAAAUGAAUACCGAAAAAGAUUUAAUGGUUCCACUUCCGAAUAAAUUUAAUCCACACUAUGAAAUAGAGGCAAUCAAGUGUGACAAUAUGGUUUUAUACUAUGAAGGACUAGAAAACAUUAGAAGAUUGAGGAAGCUUCGAUAUCUCUCAUUUAAAAAUGUCAAGACAUUCGAUGAUUGGUGCUUAGAUCGAGUAUCAGGUUCAGAGUUUGAAAAAUUAGAAGUACUUGAUAUUUCAGACACAAAUGUUACAGCCAAUGGACUUCAAGCUUUGUAUAGAAUAUCUUCUCUUAAAAAAUUAAUAGUCACACAUCCAGAAACUGAAAAUCCUCAAUGGACCUUAACUCUAGCUAUGUUGCAAGAUAUUUUUCCUAGUUUAGAAAUAAGUAGCAGUAAUCAAAUUUAAUUAAUGUCACAAUAAAAGUACUAUAUAAACUAUAAGCUAUUG